AUGGCUCAUUUGGACGAAGCAGCCCGCCAGCUGUCCAGAAGUGGGACAACCCUCUAUGCCGUGCUGGAGCUUAAGAAAGGUGCCUCACCGGAAGACAUCAAAAAGGCUUACAGUUCCCAACCAUCCUCUCCCCACCGUCCUUUUGGGUAUUGCCUGGGCAGGAAACUGGCCUUAAAGUAUCAUCCAGACAAGAAUCCAGGGGACGCUCAAGCAGCAGAAAUAUUCAAAGAGAUCAACACAGCCCACUCCAUACUGAGUGACCCUAAGAAGCGGAAAAUCUACGACCGGCAUGGUUCAUUGGGAAUAUAUAUAUAUGAUCACUUUGGCGAAGAAGGCGUCACGUACUAUUUUACGAUGAAUAGUUGCUGGUUCAAGACGCUGGUCCUCCUGUGCGCUCUGCUCACCUGCUGCUGCUGCUGCUGCUGCUGCUGCUUCUGCUGCGGAGCGCUUAAGCCACCACCUGAGGAGGUUGCCAGAAGAUACCAGCAGGAUGUACAGAAUCAGCCUCCCAGGGCAGGAAACAAAAGAAAUUUUAGAAGAGGACAAGAUGAUAGGGAAGAUGAUUUCUAA